AUGUGCGGAUUUACGGCAUGUGUUGCGCUGCGCGAGAGUUACAGCAAUGGCCACAGCAAUGGCAAGAGUAACGGAAAGAACGAUGGAGAGAGCAACGGCCAUAUCUCACCCGAAACGCUGCGUACCCAGCUCCAAUCGUCCAUUGAUCUCCUCAAUCACCGCGGACCGGAUGAAUCGGACAUAUGGAUCAGCCCCGACGCCCGCGUGGGUCUCGCUCACUGUCGACUAUCUAUCAACGACCUCACCCCUAGCGGCCGCCAACCAUUGCACAGCGACUGUGGAGAGAUACAUGCUGUCGUCAAUGGCGAAAUAUACGACCACGAUAAGCUUCGCAACGAGUGCACUGCUAAACAUGGCUAUGUUUUCAGUAGUACGAGCGACAGUGAACUCGUCAUUGCGCUGUACAAGAUCCACGGAGCGCCUGCCUUUUUGGAACAUCUCCGCGGCGAAUUCGCCUUUGUCCUGUUGGACAACCGCGAAGGUUCGAAUCACGUGGUAGUCGCCCGCGACCGAUUCGGUAUCAAACCACUCAUGUGGACCAAGCUGAACAGCCAUAUCGUACUGGCGGCUGAGGCGAAGGCGUUCCUGCCGCUCGGAUGGGAGCCUGAGUGGGACGUUGGUGCAAUUGUGGACGCUGGAUGGAUGUUUGAUGCGCGCACGCUGUUCAAGGGUGUGUACAAGGUGCUGCCCGGCCAUUAUAUGGAGAUUACCGACGAGCGCGGCGUAGAGAUGCAUUGCUAUUGGGAUGCCGAGUAUGAGGACAAGACCAAGAUCGAGACUCGCACCAUCGAUGAAAUGGUGCAAGGCGUUCGCGAGCGACUCGUCGAAGCUGUGAGACUGCGGCUGCGCGCUGAUGUACCCAUCGGUGUGUACCUAUCUGGAGGAAUCGACUCAUCCGCCAUUGCGGGCAUCGCAACACAGCUAGCACGUGAAGAACACGUCAAGCUAGGUAGUCAAGCAGCGACGCGCGUGUCGUGCUUUAGUGUGCGCUUCCCCGACGACUCGGGCUACGACGAGUCGAGCAUCGCCGAGCGCACUGCCGAGUGGCUGGGCGUUGAGGUGCUGAAGCAGGAUGUGAACGAGGCAUCGUUAGCCCACGACUUCGCGGAUACGGCCUAUCACUGCGAACACCACCACUUCGAUCUCAACUGCGUCGCCAAGUUUGCUCUCUCGACGCUGCCGCGCGCAAAUGGCGUCAAGGUGGUGCUUACGGGCGAGGGUGCUGACGAGCAUUUUGCUGGCUACCCCUAUUUCCCGGCAGAGUUCCUGCGUGAGCCUGAUCUAGCAUUGCCAUCAUCACCUCUUGCUGCUAAUCCCGCUUUACGCGAGGGCAUGCAGCGCGCUGCUGACAACGAGAUGCGCGCCAUCUGGAAAUCCAUCGGCGCUGACGGUAGUGGUGAGAGUUUCGCCGACUCUCUGCUGGCCUGGCACCCGCGGGCCACCCUCUUCGCGCCUUGGGUGCGUGCCAGCCAUGCCAAUGUCGACUAUCUGGCCACUUUGCGCUCUUCAUAUGCUCCAGAUGUGCGUGACAAGAUGGCCACACGUUGGCAUCCAUUGCACACGGCCGAGUACAUGUGGAACAAGAACUCGCUAGCCAACGUGCUGCUCUCGUGUCUAGGCGACCGCACCGAGAUGGCCCACAGCGUUGAGGCUCGUACGCCGUUUCUCGACCACCACUUGGCCGACUACGUAAAUAAUCUGCCACCCAGCGUCAAGCUUGCCUACACGCCUAUCAACAACGACCAGUCGCAGGAGGAGAGCAGUAAUCACGGACCUGUCUGGAAAGCCUCCGGCAAGGCUCUGCAAUCGUUGACAGCGAAAUGGAUCUUACGCGAAGCCGUGCGCCCGUACAUCACCGACGAGUUGUAUCGCCGCAAGAAACACCCCUUCCUUGCCCCGACCAAAUGGCCACAUGGCGGUCCGUUGCACUGUACUUUUGUGCAACUCCUAACGCGAGAUGCUGUUGACCAGCUGGGUUUUGUCGAUUAUGCUGUUAUCGAACAUUCGUUGGAAAUUGCCUUUGGUGACAAAGCAGACGCCACUGCCUUCCGUACCCUGACUUAUGUCGCGGCUUGGGUAGUCCUGUCCAAGCGCUUUGGAGUCAAGAAAGCCAGCUCGAACGGACGCACAUAUUAG